UGUAACAGCAGGAAAAGCUAACAGUCUGUCGGCGCGUUUGAAUGCGAACAUUCGGUGGAAAUUUGUAAAGGCCAAACGGAGAGCAUUCGUUGAAAGAUAUUUACUGGUUGGUGGCGAAAGUGCGAAGUGUGUGCGAUCGGCGAAGAAAGGAUAUAAAGAAAUAUUGCAUUUAAUUUGAAUUCAGUGCAUACAUAUAUAUACAUUUUAGUUACCUACAUAAUUAAAAAAAAAAAAUAUGGUAAAGGCACCAGCGAUCGGUAUUGAUUUGGGCACCACCUACUCCUGCGUGGGCGUUUGGCAGAAUAAUAAAGUUGAAAUCAUUGCCAAUGAUCAGGGCAACCGUACCACGCCCAGUUAUGUUGCAUUCAACGACAUGGAACGCCUUAUUGGCGAUGCAGCCAAAAAUCAGGUCGCCAUGAAUGCCAAAAACACAGUAUUCGAUGCCAAACGUCUGAUUGGUCGCCGCUUCGAUGACGCCAAAAUUCAGGAGGACAUGAAACAUUGGCCUUUCAAGGUGGUCAACGAUUGUGGCAAACCUAAAAUUGAGGUUGAGUUCAAGGGUGAAAAGAAGCGCUUCGCACCCGAAGAAAUCAGUUCAAUGGUAUUGACCAAGAUGCGCGAAAUCGCCGAGGUCUAUCUGGGUGGCAAGGUGACCGAUGCCGUUAUUACAGUGCCAGCCUACUUCAAUGACAGUCAACGUCAAGCCACCAAAGAUGCCGGUUCGAUAGCUGGCCUAAAUGUGCUGCGCAUCAUUAAUGAACCCACUGCCGCCGCUUUAGCCUACGGUUUGGAUAAGAAUUUGAAAGGUGAAAAGAAUGUACUCAUCUUUGAUUUGGGUGGUGGUACUUUCGAUGUCUCCAUUCUAUCCAUCGAUGAGGGCUCGCUCUUCGAGGUCAAGUCGACUGCCGGUGAUACACAUCUGGGUGGUGAAGAUUUCGACAAUCGUCUGGUGAAUCACUUUGUCGAGGAAUUCAAACGUAAACACAAACGCGAUCUAUCGUCCAAUGUGCGCGCACUGCGACGCUUGCGUACCGCCUGCGAACGCGCAAAACGUACACUCUCCAGCAGCACCGAAGCGUCUAUUGAGAUUGAUGCGUUGCAUGAGGGCAUUGACUUCUAUUCGAAGAUUAGUCGUGCACGCUUCGAAGAGAUGAAUAUGGAUUUGUUCCGUUCGACGUUGGAGCCAGUGGAACGUGCAUUGAAUGACGCGAAAAUGGACAAAGCUACCAUACAUGAUGUUGUGCUAGUGGGCGGCUCAACACGCAUUCCGAAAAUACAAAAAAUGCUACAAGACUUCUUCGGUGGCAAGCAACUGAACUUGUCCAUCAACCCUGAUGAGGCUGUGGCAUAUGGCGCAGCUGUGCAAGCCGCUAUUCUUACCGGUGUUGGUAGCUCACAGAUUCAAGACGUUCUGUUGGUCGAUGUGACACCACUUUCUUUGGGUAUUGAAACUGCUGGCGGUGUUAUGACCAAGUUAAUUGAACGCAAUGCGCGCAUUCCAUGCAAACAGCAACAGACCUUCACGACAUACAGUGACAACCAAAAUGCAGUUACUAUACAGGUGUACGAAGGUGAACGUGCCAUGACUAAGGAUAACAAUCUAUUGGGUACUUUUAAUUUGACUGGCAUACCACCGGCGCCACGUGGUGUUCCCAAAAUUGAGGUCACUUUCGAUCUCAACGCUGAUGGUAUAUUGCAUGUGUCGGCUAAGGAUAACAGUACUGGGAAAUCGGAGAAGAUCACAAUCACCAAUGAUAAGGGACGCCUGUCGAAGGCAGAAAUCGAUAGAAUGCUGUCGGAUGCGGAACGUUACAAGGACGAGGAUGAGAAACAGAGGCAACGCAUACAGUCGCGAAAUGCUUUGGAGAGCUACAUAUUCAGUUGUAAACAGGUGGCAGUUGAGUUGGCUAAGAAUUGUACCUUUCUGGUAUUAGCCUCUGGACCGCAAGGUUUUGCUGGGCAAGAGUGA